GUCACGGUUCGGCUCUUUACCUCUUGCACGCAUUUGAUUGCCUUGCCACCUCACCCAAUAUCCUAGUCUGGCCCCAUAACAUUCUUCCAGGUAGCGUUUGCUCGCUCAGGUCACGCACGAUUUGAGGCUCUCAACCUUACUUCAAAGACACUUUCCCAGAAAGACUACACACGGUACACUCCUCCACCCCACAGUUCCAGCCGGUGAUACUACAAAACAAUUCGCCAUCAUGUAUCGUCGUCGCAUGGGAAUGUCACACCAGGCCCCGGUCUGGGCAGAACUGGCAAAGUUGAAAGCGCAACCUGUUCUGAAUCCGCAUUUCCGCAUGGUUCAGGCAUUCGUGAAUCAUCUCAAUGGUCUAGCAGAGGUUACGGUACGAGUCGGCAACCUUCCUCGCUGGCUGAUAGAGAUUCAAGAACUCAUCGGGAGGCUACAGGACAGGACCUAUGCUCGCAUACCGCUAACGCCAGAGGAAAGAGUUUGUCUACUCACCUUUGUCAGUACCUGGCAGUGCAGGUGUGGCCCGCCUUACCACAUGGAACGGCCAGAGGCACAGCUUGUUUUGAUUACUCUAUUAGAGUUUGCCCAACGGUAGCAUCAAGCUGCAUCUCUCGCAACCUGCAAUAACUCCCAUCGGCAUAUUCAUCAGCAUCCGGCCGUCUCUCGCAAAUAGACACCCUUCCAUUAUCAUCCGCGUUAUACCCGCUCUAAACCCUUAUAAUCACAACUAUUCACUCGUCCACUAAGGAUGACCCGACUCCAUAGACUCUCCUUCCAUUUCCCGAGACCAGGCAGGAAAUGCCUAAAAAUGUAUGAUCACCCUUUCCUUUGGACCUCGUGCUCGAUCUCUGUGUGUGGUAUAUAUACUACAGGGUGAAGGCGAUGAUACAGAGUUUCAUGAGAGGGUGAGAAAGCUGCCACAACUCUAAAAGCUCGAGACUGGACGCCGCCAUGUGCGCGCAAAGGUCGUUGAUGACUAACACAGAAUGAGGCGUUGGAGGGUCCUGACGUUGAGAUCAAAAACUG